AGUAUAAUAUCAAAUGACAACCAAGCGCAAGCCCUGGCGUAAGAAUCUAUACGAAAAUUCUGACUAUGAAGAUAAUUAUACAGAUCCCAGCUUCCUGAAGGACUUGAAGACUAAUUUACAUGUGCGUUUCUUCACAUUAGGCGAAGCCAUACAAGGUGUAACCAUAUUAAAUAACCAAAUAUCCUGCAUAACGGGCUUUCUAAUUAUUUUUUAUAUGCUGUACAGUGAACGAGUCGGACCCACCACAGUCUUAUGGCCAAGCUUUAUAAUAACCAUAAUUGGUUAUUUAUGCUGUCACGGUAGAAACUUGAAUUUGCAUUGCAUAUUGGAAGAUUCUAAAACGUUAUUGGCUGUGUUCUUAUUUGGUUAUUUAUUUGCUCCAGUUUUGCACACGCUAACGUAUGCCAUUUCCACCGAUACCAUAUUUUCGAUGACGUUCUUUGUUAUGGUUUUGAAUUUAAUAUUCUGCGACUAUGGUCUGUCGGUGGCUAUGGUAUCAAAAGCCAUUUCAUUAAAUGCUGCUAUAUUCGGUUCUAUAUGUUUGGCCUCACGUCUUCCUACCUCAUACCAUGCUUUUGUUUUGCUCGUUGAAUCGGCGGUAUUUUUUGUCCUCUACCCUAUCGUUAUAAGAGAAUAUUGGCGGCCAUACUUUUUAAUACCUAUUUUUGUUGCAUGCUGUAUUGCAUUAUCAUUUGUUUCUUUAAAUGUUUUAUGUGUUUAUGCAGCGUUAAUUGUAUUCAUAAAUUUCAUCUGCCCAUAUUUGUUUGUUAGGCAACAACGUCACAAAUACAACAUACAUGGGCCCUGGGAUGAGGCCAUAGUCGAGGAAACUAAUGAUGAUAACAUUGAUGGAAAUUUAUAGCAUCAACUUUAUGUAAGCAUUAAGCAGCAAA